CAAGGUCAGGCCAGGUACGAGGUCGCAGUCUGGUUCAAGUAGACGAUCGAGGUCAUGUCAGGAAGGCGUGGCGACACAGGACGUAUAAAAGCCACACUUCGCUCGGGACAAGGCAGUACAACACUCAAACAACAAUCAAGAUGAAGUUCGUUCUUGUUCUCCUCGCCCUCGUCGCCGUGGCCGCCGCCCGCCCCGGCAGCGUCUUCGACAUCGACUUCGACGACUUCCACGUUGACCAGGAUAUCUCCAACGAGGUGGUGCAGGGAACCUACAGCUGGACGUCCCCCGAGGGAGAGAAGUUCUUCAUCAAGUACAUCGCCGACGACGACGGAUACCGCAUCGUCGAGUCCAACGCCGUCCCCGUCACCAACGGCGUCGCCGCCGACGGCAACCAGGGAUCCUUCGUGUCCCUCGAGGAUCUCUUCGACAGGAGUUAAGCCAAACCGGACCGCCGCCAACCGACCGACCAACAGGCGCCCACAACGGACCCGGUCAGACGUCCCUCCAGCGUCCCUCCGAAAUCGGUCACGGCGAAGGCGAUGCGGCCUCUCCCGCUCUGGGUCGCGGGUCGCUGCGUUGAGCCUGACGGCAGAUGAAGUGGAUUCAUAGCAUAAUUUAUUUGUCUGUUUAAUGUAAAUGUCAUUUAAAUAAAUUUUAAAAUGCUUCA